AUGAGCAUGCAACCGAGCAAGCUGUGUGUGUGCGAGAGCGAGGCGGGGGUAAUGCCGGAAGGCGGUCUCGGGACUCUGACAGCUAGUUAAUAAACACCCGGCCGUCAACAGCUGCUCAUGAUGUAAUGUGGAACUUCUUCCCCCUCCUUCUCCUCCACCCAUUCUCCCCCGUAUUUACAAGUAGCAGGGUGUUGCAGAGGACCAGUCUGGCAGCUCGGAGUGAGAAAAAGCCGAGUGGCUUUACAGCUCGGUGGGAAUUUACGACGGCAUGUUUUCAGCUGCCUUCAAAGGAAACAGAGUUACACUAUCUCUCAGCAAGAAAUACAAAUCACAUACUUCGAACGUCUUCGCAUCAGCAGACCUGUUGCAGGGUUCUCUUCCGAGGACUUGGCAACCAGAAAUGGUUCCCUGGGUCACGGAGCAUCGCUGAGGAGACGCGGGAGCCAUGAUGACAGGGAAGAGUCACCUGCAGAGGCGGGAGCUGCUGAAGAGGCUGUCCCUGGAUGGGGGUCUCGUGGAGUAUAUGGAUUCUAAUAAAUGCAUCGAGGAGUUGCUCAAACAGCUGGAGGAGGAAAGACGUAACGUUCGAAGGGAGAAACUGGCCGUGGCUCGUCUGCAGAGAGAAGUCACACGAAGCAAGAGCGAGGGAACAAUGCGAGAGAAGCUGAUGCAGGAGCUGGAGGAAGAGCGGGGACUGAGACUGCAGAGCGAGAGGCGUCUGCGGGAGGUGGCGGAGGAGUCGGAGCUGGGCCGGGCGCAGAUGCUGUCCUUACAGCAGCACUUCUCCAGGAUGGAAGAGACGGUGCGGAGCCUGCUGCAGAACCAGGGGGCGCUGGAGCACACCCCCCUGGACACUGUGGAUCUCAUGAAGGUCUACAAGGACAAACUCUCGGAGGAGGUGAAGAAGCAGCGGGAAGGCCUGGAGAGGCCUGGGCCGCCAGCGCGCGAGGCGGAGCCGCUGAGCGAGGGUGACGUUGACGCGGACGCAGACGCGGGCGAUGAUGGCAGCGGAGCGGAGGGAGACAGAGACAAAGAGACCCGGCUGCUGAUGGAGCGACUGCGGACCCUGGAGGCAGAGAACUCCGCCCUGGCGAUGGAGAAUGAGAGCCAGAGGGAGCAGUACGAGCGCUGUCUGGAUGAGGUUGCCAAUCAGGUUGUGCAGGCCCUGCUCACUCAGAAGGACCUGAGGGAGGAGUGCCUUAAGCUGCGGACCCGCGUCUUCGACCUGGAGCAGCAGAACCGGACCCUGAGCGUCCUGUUUCAGCAGCGGGUCCGCCCCGCCUCCGACCUGCUUCUCCAGAAGCUCCACUCGAAAAUCAUGGGCCUGUCUUUGGGGGACCUGUCCCUGGAGCCGGAGAGGAGCAAGAGCUUCCUGCUGCCUCGGAACGCGGACUCGCCCCCACACGACUCCCAGUUGAACGGGAAGGCGGGACUUCCUGCGGGAAAGUGCCUGGGCCAGCUGAGCGUGACGGUGCCGCUGGCGGCCUAUCCCAGGAGCAGCUGCAGCAGCAGCGAGCUGUCCAUCUCCAGCGCCUGCAGCGACUUCUCCAACAGCUCCUGCACCUGGAACGAGGGCAAGCCGUCUUCCCUGACCUGGGAGAAGAGGGGCACCCUGGGGUCUUCCACUCCCAGCAACAUCUGUGCCCCGCCCGAGGAGCAGCCCCCCACCCGGAGGAAGGAGUGUCACAUCCUGGAGGGCCUGAAGAGGCUGCAGAGGCACCGGCCCAAGGAGGCACCCCCCUUAAUCUCCAAGUCGGGUUACAAGGACUGCAUGAACUCCAACGAGGGCAUUUAUUCCCUGGGCCUCAAGUGCAGGGGCCAGGGGGCCCCCAAAGUCCCGGCCACGGGCACGCCCGCAGGGGCAGGCGCGGGCUCGGCAGGCGGCAGGAAGUUUUCCUAUGAUUCGGACGAUGCGGACGACGAGUCGUCACGUGCCCCCCCGGGUCGGGACCGCUGGACGUACUCCAAGAGGCUGACCCACAGCCUUUCCGACAGCCUGUGCAGCUGGGAGGGGGGUUCGGGGGGCGGAGAUGUGGCCCAGCACCCCCAAGCCACUGCCUAUGACUCCAAGGAGCAGCCCGAGAAGCUUGUUCCCACUGGUGUCGGUGGCUUCCUGUAUGACGGGAGGACUCGGGCUGCCCCCGGCUCCUUCCCACUGCCCUUUGAGGUGAGUCCCUCGGAGGCUGACCGUGCCUCGCUCCGCCUCUCAGACACAGAUGAAGCGGACAGCUACGGUGACGGCUGUGAGCGGCCGGAGAGGGACGGCAGGUGCCCGGCAGACCCCCGGUGCGAGAAACGGAGCUACGGCAGGGCGCGUUCGGCUGACAGCAGGCCCCGGCCCCUCAGCCUGCUCUGGCAGCAGACAGCCGCCAAGAGCGCACAGUCAGAGGAGUCCAUUGCUGCCGUUUGUGAUGCAAAUGGGGAGCCCAUAGAGCUCAGCUCACAGUGUGCCCCCCAACCCAUCGUCCCUGUGAGCAGCUCCCCUGCCACCGAGUACACCGAGCUAGUGCCCCAGGAGGCACCCGGCUCACAGGGCAACACCAGGAACUAUUCUGUCCUAGAGUCCCCUGAAAAUCCCGCCAAUCUCCAAUCCCAAGACACGGUGACCAAAACUGAUGUUGGGGAGGGGUCUGCCUACAACUCACAGCAUUUGCAGGCCCCCAUGCCCCCUCAGCAGAAGCUAAUAAAGACCCCCCACAGCCGUGCCCAGAAAGUCCACUCUGUCCCUCCCAUGCACAGCAUCUAUACCUCGAAGACUAACUUCAGCAAGAUUCCUGGCCGGGGGAGGGGGUCGCCGGUGAAGGUGGCGAAGGGCCCCAUGGCAGAGACCCCCUCUGCCCCCUUGGGCCAGGAGCACUCACCCUCCUCCCCGCCAGUCAAACUGUCCCGCUUCAUCAAAGCUCCAGGAGGUGGUGGCAGUGGUGGGUGCUCCCAGAGCUCCAAAGCUGCUCAAGCCAGCUCCCGGCUACCCAGCAGGACUGACUGGGCCAAAAGCCCCUCCUCCAACAUUCCAGGGUCCCCAGUCCUACCCAGGAGGCACCUGGAGCACAUGGACAUUGGGGAGCAGCCGACUCGGGAUGGGCCACAACCGGAGGUGAGGUCCCCCUCCCCACCUCCACCUCCCGGCCGCACCACCUCCCUGCUCAUUAGACCAAACUAUGAUGGCUCACCUCAGGCACCCAAGGCUGGGAUCCACCCCCCAGUGGCCAGCACUGUGAGGGGAAACCCCCCCGUUUCCCAGACACACCCCCACCAUCCGCUGACUGCACUUAAGGCCCAAGAUGUCGCUGACUCAGACCAAAGCCACAGCUUGGAGCCCACUCCCCAGAAACAGAUGGACAGCUGUGGACACCACCAGCAGAAGUCCCCUGCUGCCUUGCCUCAGACUCCCACAAGGGGGUCCCCAAAGCGGGGUCCCAUAAAACUCUUCCACCCUUCCCUGGCCACAGGGCAUACCGCAGACCCCCAUGAGUCUGGUGCCAAAGGUUCAAAAAACAUCCUGCAGAAGGGCUCCUCCCUGCAGAGCACACUUAGCGGUAAGAAGGUGGGGCCGGAGCGGGACGGCGGGCACCCAAUGCUGCAAAAAACAUCCGGCAGCCUGCCUACAACCCUGCAGGGGCAGACACCAUGUACCCUGGAACCACACGUGCAAACGUUGCAAGUGGCUCCCAGCUAUUCCGGUCUCAGGGUCAGCCCACAGAACUCUGCAGAGAGAGUUGCCAAGGUGACUCGUAUCCCGAUGGGGUUCAAGGCCCUGGUCAAGUCCCCACCCACCCAGAAAGAGAGCACUUUGGCUUCGGCUAAGCAAGAGAAAGAGCAUGUUCCCACAGCCUUCAAAGGGACUUCUAUGCCUGCCACUCCUGAUCCGCUAACUCCCUUUGGCCCCGAGGCAGCAGGAGGGUGUUCCAAACCUGAAGGGAAACCCGAAACUCAUUCUGGCUCCAUGGAACAGGAGCCACUAUCAACUCUGGUCAGUGAACACAAUGUAGCCUGCGAGCGACUGGAUGGCGGGAGCAGGCUGUUCAAGCGCUCAAUUUCUGUUACGACUAAGCCCCACUUAAAGCCCGCCCUGGGGAUGAACGGGGCCAAAGCACGUAGCCAGAGCUUUAGCACAAACUACAUGGAGAGGCCCAACAUUGGGGUGUCAGAUGGGCCUGGGAAGAUCCGGACACAGAUCAUCACCAACACAGGUGAGAGGGGGAACUCACUCACCCGACAGAGUUCGCUAAGCGAUGGCUUCCAGCUGAAACCUGCCGCUGGACUGGGGGAGACCUCGCCCCUUUCCGCCUUCAGUCGCGCAGGUCAACCUGGGGCCUCCAGCAACUACAGCAGCCCAACUGGUGCACCUGGCAAAGCUGCCACCAAAACAGUCCCCAAAGUCGACACGGCCCGAGCCAUGCCCAGAGGUGAAGCCUGCGGUUUGGCACCCCAGAAGGCGGGCAGGAGCCUGUCCCUCACUGACCGGUUUGGUCUCAAGAGCUCUCGCCAGCCUCAGUCCGAGUCGCCGCACUCUCCGGUCUGCAGCCCCAGCUUGCUGGCAGAGGGCACGGCAGGAAGGUUGCCGAUGAAGAGCGGCCUGAAACAGGGCCAGGCAAAGGCAACAGAGGGGGCGGAGAAACUCGCCAGCCCUACUACCUGUACCAUCGAGGAGAAAGUGAUGAUGGGAAUACAAGAGAACGUGCAGAAGGGCCAGGUGCAGGACAGGUCCCAGGCACCCGAGCCCAAGCAGAAGUCCAGCUCGUCCCUGGCCAACUGGUUUGGCUUCCGGAAGACCAAGCUACCAGCCAUGGGCAGCAAGAAGGUGGACGGAGCCAAGGGAAAAGAGGAAAAGAAGGAGCUGAAGAUGGGGUCAGUGCUGGGAGGCGGCAAGCAGCCCAAACCCGAUAAAAAGAAAGAGAAGAGAAAAAAUGAGACGCAACGCAAAGACGGCCUGGAGCAGGCUGCCACAGAGAGCAGCGAUAAGCUUAGCUUGAUAAUGGAUCGCUGCAGCAUCCAGGUGGGACAGCUGACGAAUCAGAUCCAGCAUUCCACAUCCUGCGUUGGGAAAGAUCUGUUUAUGAAGGAGCUCCUGAACAGGAGUGCAGCAAAGGGUGAUUCCCAUGGUGCACCUCUUCCCGGCAUUCCUGCCAGUGCCCAAGGCACCCCCAAGAAUAACGGCGGGAUGACGGGAGAUUCAGGGACCCGCGUCGAUACUGCAACCAAGAUCACCCAGAAAAGCAACCCCAAGGCUGAGAAUGAAGACGACACCGUCCCGGAGGCCGUCUGCCAGGAUCACAUGAUCGGCUCCAGCUGCCAGACGCGAACUUUGGACAGCGGCAUCGGGACCUUUCCCCUCCCCGAUUCUGUUGCCCGGGCAACCGGUCGGCACCUCACCAAAUCUGCGUCCACUCCCGAGCGGGCCCUGGCCACGCCCGUCGAAGCCCCUCAGGAUCCUGCCCCGACCCUGCUGCCCAGGUGGAAAGUGCCUUCUCGUCCUGAAACACGCUCCCGCCCCCACAGCGGCGUGGGCGUGUCUCUCUCCGACCCCACUAUGACCGGGAGCAAGGACCUGCCUGACUCACAGAGCCGGCUGCCCAAACCCAGCACCUCAGGUUUAAUGAACCCGAAGAGGCGGACCCAGAGCGAAUCGCAAUCAAGCCCCGCCCAGACCCCUGGAAUCCAUGACAACCAGACAGACAAGGGAAAGACCAGCAAGGACCACGCCUUGUCCUCUGACCGGGCUCUCCACGUGUGCACAUACUCCGGCAGCAGCGGCAGUGAGGUGGAAACCGGCCCCGAGGACGACACCUCUGUGACACGCCCCUCCCGUGAGAUUCCGCCCCCGAAACCCAAGAACAACAAACCAGUUGACCAGGAGGGGAUGAAGAGGAGCAGCGUGGGUAACCGGCUGUCAAUCAUGGACUACUACCAACAUUUUGAGGAGGAGCAAACAGCCAUCCCGCAGUACAACUCCCCAGGCACUGAGGGCAAUGCUGGAGAUCCCCAAAGUAAAACCAACGGGCCGGACGAGACCACGGGCACGAAGAAGAGGACGCGUUUCUCCAGAGUCUCCCUGGAGUCUCUCAACAAGCUGAACAGCAACGGCGGGGGGGUCGUCCCAGACGGUCAGAGGAGGACCGGCGAGGAGAAACCCCCCAGGGACGGGGUGGAGCGGGGCCAAACCGGCACGGCCCCGUCCAGAGUGGACAACCUGGGGUCCCUGAGCGACUCCCUGUACGACAGCUUCUCUUCCUGCACCAGCCAGGGGUCCAACGACGUGUAGAGCCACCCGGACACCUCAUCUGUCCCGCCAACGAAGCACUUAAACCGAGAGCAGCGCAGACUCUGUGAGGACAACAUGUCCACGCUAAACAGAGAGGAGCAUGCUGGGGGGAGAAAGGACAACACUACAUGAAAUCUGCCAGGUUAAUGCGGUUUUUAAUCUCGAUCCCGUUUGGGGAUUCAUUACCGUUGCACUGUAAUAAAAACUGUACAAUGUUUCCUUGGAAUUGUAAGUGAAAUAUAGUUGUAGCAACUAUGACCACAAGGAACAGAAAGCAAUACAAAUGGACCACCCGGUGCCGACGCCCACAUUUGCAAAUUAGAACAUCUGAAGUGACAUGAAAAAAUGCCUUAUUUUCCCUCCCUUGAUUAGUUUAUGUGAAUUUACAUAAGUACAUUGAGGGCAAAUGUUACUGUUGAAUGCGGUACUACAGAAGCUACAGAAUCUUAUGAGAUAUGAAGAGCAGGAAAUGUAGAUGUGUGCUAUUGACUGGUGGAAUGGUGUCAAGAUGUGCAUAUCUGCAUAGCUAUGAGAAGACAUAAACAGCUCUCCAACCCUCCCCAUAUUCUUCUUAACUUUGUUGAGCAGACUUGAACGAGCACUAUUGGUUUUUAUGACUUACCCUACAGAUUUAGCCAUUCACAAAGGCAUUAACCACACAAUGCUGUGUGAAUAACAAAAGUUAAAGACUAAGCAGGAGUUUUAUACUAGCCCCCUUAAUCUGUUUAAUGUUCACAUAGUUGUGAUUGUGCUUCCAUUCCAUUCCAGUUUGCUAAGAAAACACAAAAUAACUACACAACACUACCAAUUUAAAACAGUGAGCAACCACAAGAAUAACUAAAAAACAAUAGCCCUCACAGUCACAAAUUAUUGUGACUCUUGCACCUGUGUAAUUACACUGUCAUUGACAUAAGCAAGUACUCUGUAAUACCUAAUUACUCAUGAACUCAUAUAACGCACCACUUAUGCACUUUCUGUACGUACAGGGGAAGUUUCAGGUGGUGUUGGAGUAAGAAGAAUGGCAUAAACAUUUGAUAUUGCUGUGAACCAGCAUUGAUAAUAACUAUGUGUUUACAUAGUAUGCUCUUUGAGCAAUUUAUGUGUAGGUACAUGGGUAUUACAAAAUGUUAUUUUUUAGACUCCCCAAUACACUGUAGUCUCCAGGUAAUGCAUUAACAUAAGGCCUUAUGAGUUUUUGUGUUCCUUUCUUAAACAACACAAUGUGCCAUUACACAUUCAGCUAAAAUGCUUUGGUAAUUACAGCUAUUCAUUCUUGUGUAAGAAAUGCAUUAAUAUUUGCUUUGAAUUCUACUCUUGCAUAAAUACAUAAUUUGAGAAUUUGAAGUUAUGGCAUAAGUGUGAUUAAAGUACAAUUUGUGACAAAUAGGGGAAAAAAGCAUCCCCUUUUUCCCUAGAAUAAUUUACUCCAAGUUUAGGUUGCUAUGAUAUGGAACCUGAGCCUUAAUAUUAAUCUUGUGAACAUAAAAUAAGAUCACAGAACCGUACCGCACCUGGCCCCUGUGAAUACUUACACAGCAUUCUGUGGAAAGACAGGGCCAUGUUUGUAGCUCAGGGAAAAUUAACCAACAACAGAUUUAAAUGUGAUUAACUAGUAAUUAUGAAGAAAAAUGGUUUGCCUCAUGUGAAAGACAAAUAUGAAAUAGUGAAAACAAAUGACAUCACCAGAAUGCACAGACUGCACAGCUAACCACAAACUUUGUGUCAUCUCACAACACUAGUACUUUCAUUCCAGUCUUAUACAUAAUCUAACUAAAUGCAGACAUCUGUUUUCGUCAUUUGGAACAUACUUUUACGUUAUUUGUUUCUGUUUCUGUUUUUUUUAUUUUUGUUGUUCAUAUAAAUAUGAAGUGUUUGGUUUGAAUGUUUCAGAAAUAUCUCUCGGGGUGGGCUCAGUCACAGUAUCCGAACAGGCAAUGCUGACUGACAAAUGCAAUUAAGUGUCUCAAAAUAUCAGUAGGACUAUAGUUACAUUAUUAAAUGUUUUACUCUGGAAAAAGGCUUCCUUAUUUGAAAUGUGUCUGUGCUCCCAUGUGUGACAGCGUGUAGAUAUUUUAGCAUAAAAUGUUUUAUUGUUCUUAUUUUUAAAUCUACUACUGCAACCAUCAUCUUAACUCAGUGUAGGGUCUGGGAGCAUCAUGCUAAAUUUCCAAAAUCUCACACAUCUUAAUGGGUGCUAAUCAAAAAACAAUACUGUGUUUCUUUGUCUCAAUUUUUCUACAAAACUGUUCAUAUGUAUGGAGAGUCUAUUUCAAAGGACAAGUGUAUUUUUCUAGCUGUUAUGUAUUUAUACCUACCUUUUGUACAUGAAACUGUAUAGUGGUGUAAUUGUAUUAUUUCUGAUUUCUCCUCCGUUGUUCCAUUUUAAAGAGAAUCUGAUACCAACAGUGUUACUUUGGUAAUGAUUUGUGCAAUUUUGGCUGUUACACUAGACUUUUAUGCUAUAUUUUAUGCAAUGACAUUGUCAGAAAGAAAUAAAACUAUUUCCAUUUUUAAGUUUUAAAA